AAAGACGGCCUGGUUGUCUCCCUCUCAUCCUCAGGCACUCACUCUCCCAUUCCCUUAUCCGUUUAUUCUAUCACUUCCCCCUUCCUCUUCCCCCACCUCCUCUCCUCCUCCUCCUCCUCCUCCUUCUCCUCUUCUUCUUCUUCUUCCCAUUUCUAAAGUAAACUCUGACACCCUUCUCUCAGUCUCAAUCCCAAUCCGUUUUCUUCUCUUUCUGUACAUACACAUCCAUUGAUGAUCUAUGUCUUGUCUACUGCCCCAGUUCAAGUGCCCACCCGACACCUUCUCCACCCAUCCCAAACUCCACAUCCUCUCUAAAAAUAGGGAGGCUAUUUAUUUUCGGGUACAAUGUGCUUUAUCUACUACGUCACCGCCACUAUCAACAUCCACAACCGCUGUGCUUGAUAUUGAGAAGCUACGAUUACCUUCGUUAGAAUCUCAUUCAAAUUCAGUUGCUGCCCACAGACCAUGGACGUAUAUAGGGGUAGUGGGUCCACCCACAGAGGCUAAUUUUGAAGCAACAUUGGCUAGGGAAACACUUCUCACAAGUGAAGAAGCAGUAAUAGCUGCUGCCGCCGCUGAAGCGGUUGCUCUGGCAAAAGCAGCUGUCAAGGUUGCAAAGGAUGCUGCUCAGUUGGUUGGCAAGAACAACUCCGCCAAGUCAGAAACUAAACCUGCAUCUUUCUUAUCAGGAGAUGAUACAUCCCAGUUCAGAAGAAUUCAGUUUACAGAAACAGAACGAAUUGGCAUACUAGGAGAUUCUGUAGGAGCUGAAAUUGGCAUGGUAGACGAUAAUUCCUUGCAGGAUGUGACAGAAGAUUCUGAUGAUUUGGAGCCGACACUUGAAGAGCUCGAACUUCUUGAGGCAGAAUUCUCCAAGAGCAUAGUUGUGAGAUCGAAUCGUCAAGUAGAAAGGAAAGCAAGAAGAGCAAGAGCAGCAGAGAAGGCUUCUGCUGGUGUUGUGUCUGUGAGGUCUGGUUCUACCAGCCGCAGAAAGCGUGUUUCUUUGCAAGAAGUAGACUACUCUGACCCAUUGCGUUACUUGAGAGGAACUACAAGCACUUCCAGGCUUCUCACUGCUACUGAAGAACUGGAGUUGUCAGAAGGAAUUCAGGACUUACUGAAACUAGAAAAGCUUCAAGAGGACCUUGAAGAACGAUUUGGGGUUAAGCCCACCUUUGCACAAUGGGCAGCUGCAGCAGGAGUGGACCAGAAAACCCUGAGGCGGCGCACAAAUUAUGGGAUCCGUUGCAAAGACAAAAUGAUUAAAAGCAACAUACGGCUUGUUAUUUCAAUUGCAAAAAAUUAUCAGGGAGCUGGGAUGAAUAUACAAGAUCUUGUUCAGGAAGGAUGCCGAGGCCUUGUAAGAGGUGCAGAAAAGUUUGAUGCUUCAAAGGGAUUCAAGUUCUCAACAUAUGCUCACUGGUGGAUUAAACAGGCAGUUCGGAAAUCUCUUUCUGAUCAGUCCAGGACAAUCCGAUUGCCAUUUCACAUGGUUGAGGCGACUUACAGAGUAAAGGAGGCGAGAAAACAAUUAUACAGUGAAAAUGGAAGGCAUCCUAAUAAUGAAGAAGUUGCAGAGGCAACUGGGCUCUCAAUGAAGCGGCUCAAUGCUGUGCUACUAACCCCUAAAGCUCCAAGAUCUCUUGACCAGAAGAUAGGAAUCAACCAGAAUCUUAAACCUUCGGAAGUGAUUGCAGAUCCCGAUGCGGAGACAGCUGAGGAGCUGCUAAUCAAGCAAUUCAUGAGGGAGGACCUGGAGAAGGUGUUGAACAGUCUGAACCCAAGGGAGAAGCAGGUCAUCAGGUGGAGGUACGGGCUGGAAGAUGGAAGGACGAAGACACUGCAGGAGAUUGGGGAGCUGAUGGGUGUGAGCAGGGAGAGAAUCAGGCAAAUUGAGUCAUGUGCAUUCAGAAAGCUCAAGAACAAGAGGAGAACCAAACAUCUGCAGCAGUACUUGGUUUCAUAAGCCUCUCCAGCCCCAGAAAUCCAGAGCUCCAUAACUCAUUUCUGCAACUUAGUUCAAAGUUGGAUAGAGCUCUGUGUUUCCCUCCUUUUACAAUUAUUCCUUCAUUUUCCUUUUUCCUGCAUGGAAAUGUAUCUUCUUGAGUAACAUUAGAAGUUGUUUGUGCAUAGAAACAAAAAAAAAUUUUGUGUUAAGCAUUUUUCGAUUACUUGACAGACAGAAUAAGCGCUUGCAGACUUGAAAUGGAAGGACAGGACUCUUCGUUGACUCA